AUGGCAGAGACUUGGCAGGCCGCUGCUUGGUACGAAAGGAGGGGCACGAAGGAGGAGGGGAACGGCAGCGAAACAAUGUCUCGAGAUAAACCAAUUCUCAAUGGCGUCACAACUCUCGAUCGAGGCUGCUCUGCAACUUCUUACUUCGUAUGUCACAUUUCCAUAGCGAACUGUGCCUUUCGCAACGCGCUUGCGCUCUUCUUCUCGCACGACAUUCAUGUGCGCCCCUUGCAAUGCUUGAUGUGCUUUUCACCCAACACGCGCUCCUAUUCCCUGCCACAUCUCUCAACCGACAUCUUUCCUCUCUCCGGUCUCUCGACAUCUUUCUCUCCUCGCAAACCUAUUCGCCAUCUCACAAAGGCGUCUUCUUCGGCACUCCCGACAACCUCGGAAACGCCGCUGGCGUUGCCUUCACCUUUCGUACAGCCACAAAACACUUCUUCCUUCCGUCAACCUCUUCCGCCUCUUCCCCCUGCCCCUGCAUCCACUCCCACGGCCACGCCUCGCGCACACCUUCCACCUUCCCGCCCAGCCUUCUGA